GCCACGAGUUUUUCCAAUCAGAUUUAAGCAGGAGAAGAUGAACUCUAACUUUGCACAAAAAUGAAAAUGAAAUUAGUGAAAGGUGACAAACAAAACAAGCAGAAAUUGCGCUUCCCUAGUUUUUAGAGUAUUUGUAACCUGAUCUGAACUCUGGUUGAAACUUUGAGAAAUCUAAAUAGUUCAUAAAACAAGAGACCGCGACCUGACUCUGAUGACAUCGAGCGUUUGGAGCGGCUGUGUUUUACCUCCCCAGAGGCACACACACAUGGACACGCACGAACACACGUGAACAUACAUGUGACGGUUCUCGUGGCGGCACGGAGACGCCGCGGUGCUCACUGGGUCAGAAGCAAUAAUCGUAGAGUGGUGCUGAGGAGAGAGACGAGCGCAAACUGUGAUUGGCUCUUCACCCCCUCCAUCCCAACUCCUCUUCAUCUCCCCAUGCUCCCUCGCUCCGCGUCUUUCCUCACAAAGCCCCUCACAUUAUGUGCCAAGUGAGCGCGCCGUUCCAUACAAUACCUCCUGAGGCAUGAUGGGAGAGGUUUCUAUAUAAAGACGGAUAAAGCGAGGAGUGGGGGGGCGAAUGGACAGUCGGUGAGGUCACACUCCGGGAUGAAUCGCCAUGGUUUAGUACCGGCUGGAGCGCCAAGCUGAAGUUCAGAAACAAGAUUAAUUCGGAUGCUGUCGCCAACGGUGAUGGAGGAAGGGGACGAGGUUUUGCAGGUGCUGGAGGUUGGAGAGGCAGUAGAGGCAGUAAAGGAGGUGAUCAUCAGCACCAUAGAAGAAGAAAUCCGCAGGAGUUCACCUCUAAACUCUAAAACGAGCCAGGAUGAUAACUGGGGGGAGACCACCACCGCCAUCACCGGCACCUCGGAGCACAGCCUCUCCCAGGAGGACAUCGUCCGCAUCACCAAAGACCUGGAGGACAGCGUGGGGCUGGACUGCCGCCGCUACGUCGCCCGCUCCAUCGCUGUGAUCCUGGGCCUGCUGGUGUUCUUCACGCCGCUCGCCUUCCUCGUGUUGCCUCACAUCCUCUGGCCGGAGAAGCUGCAGAGCUGCGGGACGGCCUGCGAGGGGCUCUUCAUCUCCGUGGCCUUCAAGCUGCUCAUCCUCCUCCUGGCGGUCUGGGCGCUCUUCUUCCGGCCAGCGCGGGCAGGCCUCCCGCGCGCUUUUGUCUUCAGAAUCCUGCUGGCGGUGCUGGUGCUCCUCUUUGUCAUCUCCUACUGGCUCUUCUACAGUGUCCGGAUACUCGACUCACAAGACGAGAACUACCAGGGAAUUGUGCAGUACGCGGUCUCCCUGGUGGACGCUCUGCUCUUCAUCCACUACCUGGCCGUUGUCCUGCUGGAGCUCCGGCAGCUCCAGCCAUGUUUCUCCGUCUGCGUCACGCGCGCCACAGACGGCGAGACGCGGCACUACAACCUCGGACAACUCAGUAUUCAGCGGGCCGCCCUGGCCAUCAUAGAGCGCUACUACUGCGACUUCCCCAUCCACAACCCGGCUCUGCUUUCUGCCUCCAAGUCCCGGGCGGCCAAGCACCUGGCCGGCCUCAAGGUCUACAACGUGGACGGUCCGGGGAACAACGCCUCAGCGGGAAUGGCCCAGUCCCAGUCCAGAGCCAUGAUCGCAGCUGCAGCCCGGCGCCGCGACACCAGCCACAACGAGCUCUACUAUGAGGAGGCCGAGCACGAGAGGCGCGUCCGCAAACGCAGGGCACGACUGGUGGUGGCAGUGGAGGAGGCCUUCACCCACAUCAAGCGCAUGCAGGAGGAGGAGCCGAAGAAGGCCCCGGGGGACGUGAUGGACCCCCGAGAGGCGGCUCAAGCCAUCUUCCCCUCCAUGGCGCGCGCCUUGCAGAAGUACCUGAGGACCACCAAGCAGCAGCACUGCCACAGCAUGGAGAGCAUCCAGCAGCACCUGGCCUUCUGCAUCACCAACAACCUGACGCCCAAGGCAUUUCUGGAGAGCUACCUGUCGCCGGGGCCCACCCUGCAGUACGGUAAGGACCACUGGCUGGGCCGCCGCUGGACGCUGAUCAGCGAGGCGUCGGUCACCAGCGGCCUGAAGGACGGAAGCGUCUUCUUGCUCAAGUGUGUGGACUUCAGCCUGGUGGUGACGUCCAGGAAGAUCCCUUACGUCCAGAUGUCGGAGGAAUACAUCGACCCCAAAUCUCACAAGUUUGUCCUGCGACUACAGUCUGAAACCUCGGUGUAGGACACCAGCUAUUUUUCUGUUUUGUUUUUUUUAUUCCUCACCAUGUCACAUUGCUUUCAAAUGUUGCUAAUUAGGGUUUGAAGUUUUUUAUAUGUACUUUUCUUUGUUUUUAAUAUAUAUGAAUAUAUAUAUAAAUGAAUUUAUAUAUCACAUGUCUGAAAUUAUUGCUAUUUUAAUGUUUGACUUGGUGAAAAGAAGAAUUGUUGCAGGAUUUCGCUCACGGGUUUGAUCGAGAUUAGGUUGUGCACAAUACUGUAUGUAUGAUUAUACAGUCCCUUUCAAAAGUAUUAAAGGGGCAGUAUGAUGUAUUUCCAGGUACAUGGAACCAUUUUAUAGCACAAUCUGGUAACUAUGUCACCUUCAGUUGUAAAAAUGCUUUACAUUUCAAAUAUGAUGUAAGAGAAAUUGGAUUUUGCAAACUUGGGAUUUUAUUUGACAAAACCAACAUAAAUAGGGCAUAGAAGGAAAAUCAUACAGAUAUUUAAUUCUGAAAAAUAUACACCUAAAUAGGAGAAUGAGUAAAAGGGGCUGAAAAUAAAAGCACACCACACUUUUCAGCUUUGUAUCGGUUAAAAACCUUAUUUUGUCCUUCUGAAAAAGGAAAAAGAUUUUCAGGACAUGGACAAUACAAUCAUGUCCUCCUUCAUGUUGGUUUACCACAUAAAGUCCUAGUUAAUGUAAAAGUUUGCGCUGUUUGUCAUGUUUGAUGUUUCUUUUUUGAGAAACCGAAGCCAAACGAGUCUGGAAAAAUUCACUCCAAAGUUCCCAACAGAGACUCAGAACUGAUGUCUUUGUUUGGAACUGGAAGACAGACUUAAAAGAAACAGUUUUGAAUUUAAUCUGCAGUUCUCCAGGUGCAUCGACAUCAUCAUCAUCAUUGGCGGCGGCGGCGGUUUGGAUAACCAGGAAGUGAAAACGAACUCGCGCCCAAAGACGUGAACUCUUCCACAAAGGUUCAGUAAUCCUCUCAGGGCUUUUGUGUCUGCCGCAUCUGCCUGACACGACGAGACAGAGCUGCUGGUUCUGAAAUAUAGAAAUAACUACUGAUUUCUGCAGAGCGGCUCUGCAUCACGUAGCAGCACAUUCUGUCAGUUCUACGUCUGCUUUGCCCCUUCCAAGCAAAAGUUUCCAGACUUUAAAUGACAGAUCUUCAUGUUUUUUUACACAUUAAAAGCGCUUUUAUAAAGAA